AUGAACCGCAGCCGAGGUAACUCUUCCGCUACGGUGCUUCCCUCACGGCAAACUCCAAGUCCUCGCCAACCGCCAGUACCCAGCUACAGUGACGCUAUGGGGGGGGGUGUUCAGCAUUUUCUGAAGCACCUCAGACUCACUCAGUCAGAGUGUGGGGGGGUGCAGAUUGAGAGAGUGUGGAUGGGCGUAUAG